AUGGCAUCAGUCCCUUCGCCGUCAGAUAGUAUUCUCUCUUCCUCUACUUCUCUGGAAGUAGCAGACGUGCUGCAUAAAUUGUCCUUGGAUAAUCAGAACAAGUCACUUCAAGUUCCUGACACUAGAAAGAAGACACCUGCUGUUCAGUAUUCGCCUGUUGAGUUUAGGACUUCAGCAAUUGGGUUGAACAGGCCAUAUGAGAGAUCUACAACUUCUUUUCAUCAGGAUUUCAUGGAUCCAAGCAUGGUCUACAAUCCCAGUGGUUAUCCUUCAUCUACGUACUAUUAUGGAGCCUAUGAUGGAUCCAUGAAUGACUGGGAGAGAUUUUCAACUCCGAAUGGAGCCGAACGGGUUUCAGGAAUUUAUGGGGAGUAUCAUGGUUAUACUUAUGCACCAUAUGGUGCAUAUUCCCCUACAGCUUCAUCCAUGAGGCAUGAUGGUCAGCUGUAUGGGCCACAGCAGUACCAGUAUCCGACCUCUUAUUUCCAACCUUCUACUCAGACCAGUGGGUCUUACACGCCCAACCAGAUCAAUGCUUCCCUACUCAUUGUCGCUGAGAAGCUGCAAUCACAAGCAGAAAUAGCUAAUGGAAAUAUGCCUUCUGUAGGAAAUUUUACUGCCAAUAGAAGCAACUUGUCAAAGCCCCUAAGACACUAUAACCAGAACUCAACUAUAAAGUACAAUGAUUCCUAUGGAUGGGGACGAUUGCCAUCAGCAACUUCAGGGAUCUCCUCAGCAGUUUCACACGGCUACAAUUUUUCUACUGGAAGGAAUCACAACCAUCUAGUGGGCCUGCAACCCCCUAGAGGAACUUCUGGAUUGGGCGCAGCUGGAUUUUCGAAUCAAGUGUAUCCUAAUAACAGGAUUUAUGGUCAGUAUGCAAGCAGUGGCAGCAGAUUUGCACCCAACCAUUAUUAUCCUAUGACCAACAGCCAUGGGUGGUUAGCUGUUGAUAACAAGUACAGGUCCAAGGGUCAUGGUAGUAGUUUAUAUGGAAACAGUAAUGAAAGCAUGGAUGGUUUUAAUGAAUUGAAUAGAGGACCUCGAGCAAAGGGCUUGAAUGAUCUGAAGGAUGCUGAACCUAUCACAUUGCCAGUGAAGGGACAGAGCCUUCUGUUGAAGGGUAACGACAAAGGCAAUUUGCCUCUCUCUCCAGACAGACAACCAUACAACAAAGAGGAUUUCCCUGAAACAUAUGCAGAUGCUAAGUUUUUCAUCAUCAAAUCUUACAGUGAGGAUGAUGUGCAUAAAAGUAUUAAAUAUGGUGUCUGGGCAAGCACACCCAAUGGUAACAAAAAACUAGAUGCUGCAUACAAGGAAUCUCAUGAGAAAUCUGGUGGAUGCCCUGUGUUUCUGUUAUUCUCUGUCAAUGCCAGUGGACAGUUUGUUGGUCUUGCAGAAAUGGUUGGUCCAGUUGAUUUUGACAAUAGUGUGGAGUAUUGGCAACAGGAUAAGUGGAGUGGCUGCUUCCCAGUGAAGUGGCAUAUUGUCAAAGAUGUGCCUAAUAGUUUGCUUAGGCACAUCACACUUGAAAACAACGAGAAUAAACCUGUGACAAACAGCAGGGAUAUUCAGGAGGUUGGACUUGAUCAAGGUAUUCAACUAAUUAAGAUUUUUAAAGGCCACUCUAGCAAGACGUGCAUUCUGGAUGAUUUUGAAUUCUAUGAAGGGCGUCAAAAGACUAUGGUAGAGAAGAAAGCUAAGCAAUGGAAGUUGCAGGUUGCAAAUGUGGAGAUAACUGAGUCUGCCUCAACUGAAGAUGUUGAUAAAAAUGGGCAUGCGGGAAAACUGAGGGAUAACAAGCUUGUCCCUGCCACCUCGAAUUCCGAAGCUGCAGCAUGUGAAAUGAUCAAGACUAAUGGAGAGCACAAGGUCUUAUAA